CGUGACUGCCGACAACACCAACAUGGCGAACCUCCAACCGAUCCAAAAAGUGGCCAAGCUUGCCUUAGAAACUUUCAAAUACGUCAAUAAAGGAGACAAACAUGUAUUCCUGGACAAACUGGAGUCUCUGUGUGCCAGUGUGAAUCGAAUCCGUGCUGCUGAUGUCGGCGUAGACCUUACCGCAAAUGCCUUGCCACCGGUACCGGCCACCGCUCCGGUCGGCUACAUGUUCAUAGCGGAGAACAGCGCCGUGUCCAUGGGUGUUUUUGUGGUUGAGCGCGGCUGUCGACUUCCCCUUCAUGACCACAAUGGAAUGCAUGGUGUUAUCAAAGUAUUAUCCGGCACAAUCCGGAUGCACUCGUAUGAUCUCUUAACUGAAGAUGAGGUGAACAGCAUCAAAAUCCCUGAUUCAUUGGCUCAUCCCAAUUCUGAAUCUGAUGAAGAACUAAUGAGAAACCUCAUCCCAGUUCGAAAAAAAGCAGAAGCUAAGAUAAUAACGCCAGAGAGUAAACCCUGCGUUUUAAGUCCGAUGGAGUCAAACGUGCACUCGCUUGAGUCAAUUGAUGGUCCCGCAGCUUUCUUGGAUGUUCUCUCACCACCCUAUGAUCCAGACACCGGGCGAGAUUGCGUUUACUACACAGAAACACCCUUCUCCUCAUCGAACUUGAAAUUGAAGGAAACUCCUGUCGACCUGCGUUGGUUGCUGAGGAUUCCGCAGCCAUCUAGUUUCUGGUGUCACCAGCAGUCGUAUCUCGGACCACCUGUCAAUUUGGGACAGUUAUAACAAUCACAUGCACGAGAAAUUAUAUUAUACCAAAUUUUCAACAUAUUAAGCCCUAGACCCAGUAACUGGGGCCCUGUACUCCUCUUUUCGAAAUUUUGUCAAUAUCGGUUGUCCUAGCACGACCGAUAUUAAUGACAAAAUUUCAAAAAAAGGAGUACAGCACCCCAGUUACUAGGUCUAACAUAGCCCCAAAUACUUUAUUUAGUUGAGAGAGUUAACACCAACGACAAAGACAGACCUUAACACUGUACAGCUGUUGUCUAUUUACAUGGAAAACAACCUGAUGAACCUUUGUUACUUAUAAAUCAUGUCAAUUAAAAUAAUCCAGGUCUGAAAUUUCAUCUUUAAGAGGGCAAAGCAAAGCUAUUUGCGGAAAAGUUUCCGUAUGGCGCCACCACUUUU